UCAUCACACCACACACUCUUGUGUGUGUGACAGAGAGAUGAUAUAAUUAACCAAGAAGCUAGGAGCUUGCAAAGUUGUGUUUUUUUUGCUUGGGCAACCAGGGGCAUUGCGCCAUUGCCAAGAACUCGGCAAGCAUUGCGACCUAGCUAGCCAUGUACGCCAUGACCCCGCGCUGCCAGCUCCCGCCGCUCCGCCGCGCGGCGCCGUGCCGAGCGGCAACGACCACGACCACGACGCCGGCGGCUCCGUCUCCGUCUCCGGGGGUGCUGAGCUCGCCGUCACGCGCCGACCCGGAUGAGCUGCGGUCCACGUGGCCGCAGCGCGCGUGGACGCUGGCCGGCUCGGCCGCCGUGCUCUCCUCCCUCUCCACGUCCGCCUCCCUCGCGCGCGACGCGGGCUCCUUCGCCGGGCCGCUCGCCGCCGCCGCGGCGGCCUACGCGCUCGCCGACCUCUCCACGGGGGUGUACCACUGGUUCGUCGACAACUACGGCGACGCCUCCACCCCGGUGUUCGGGUCGCAGAUCGCCGCGUUCCAGGGCCACCACCGCUACCCGUCCACCAUCACGCGCCGGGAGCCCUGCAACAACCUGCACGCGCUGGCGCGCGCCGCGGCGCUCGCGCUCCUGCCCGUCGACGCCGCGGCCACGGCCGCCGGCGCCCCCGCGGCGGCGCACGCGUUCGCCGGCGUGUUCGCGGCGUGCGUCGUGCUCAGCCAGCAGUUCCACGCGUGGGCGCACGAGAACCCGCGCAGGCUGCCCCCCGGCGUCGAGGCGCUGCAGGCCGCCGGCGUGCUCGUGUCGCGCGCCCAGCACGCGGCGCACCACCGGGCGCCGUACAACAACAACUACUGCAUCGUCAGCGGCGUGUGGAACGAGCUGCUCGACCGGCACAGGGUGUUCGAGGCGCUGGAGAUGGUCGUCUUCUUCCGCACCGGCGUCCGGCCGCGGUCGUGGGACGAGCCGGACACCGCCUGGACGGAGGACGCCACCGCCGCCGUCGGUGACACCUCGUUCCAUACACAGUGAUGAUGAUAUGUACAUACAGGUAUACAUAUACAGUACAAGAUGGUACGUACAGAAAGAUGCAUUGUUCAAGCACAUAAUUUUAGUCAGAGGGGAAAAAAAAUCCAAAUUUUUAUUUUUUUAGGAGCAUUGUUCUUGAGGGAAUGAGGGUUCUGUUGCCAUUUCCGAACCUUAUGGUGUCAAGACAAAAGCAAGAGACAAAUAUUUGCGACGAUGGAAAUUCCAUUUUUCUGUUUUUUAAUCAUAUUUUUCUUUGAAAAAUUCAUUGCCUAUGA